AUGUCUAGACUCAUAGCAAAAUCAGGAAAGCCUCAUACUAUUGGGGAACAGCUGAUUUUGCCAGCCAUUGAAGAGGUUUUAAAAACUGUUCUACACAAGCCUGCAUAUGAUAUACUCAAAAGAAUUCCUUUAAGCAACAAUACAGUUCAAAGACGUAUUGAUGAACUGAGUCAUGAUUUUGAAAGCUUCUUGUGUAAUUAUCUGCAAACGAACCAUUUCUCAAUUCAACUGAACGAGUCAACGUUGCCUGGUAAUGAAGCACUAUUAUUGGCAUAUGUUCGUUUUGUUAUGGACCAAGAAAUCCAUGAAGAACUGCUCUUUGCCAGAACUUUGACAACGAACACUAAAGGCGAAUCAAUAUUCAAUGCUUUGAAAGAUUAUUUAAUUGAAAAAGUGAUCCCUUUAUCAAAUAUAAUAUCAGCAGCAGCAGAUGGAGCACCAGCCAUGUUUGGGCGCUAUCGCGGUUUUAUUGCUUAUUUAACAGAUUUGUUUACUAAAUUUAAUGAGGUUAACUUGCAGUUAUAG